AUGAAAGAAGUAUUCAAGCUGUUGGGCGUUCACAAGUUGCGGACAUCACCAUAUCACCCACAGACUGACGGCCAAGUGGAGCGGUUCAACCGUACACUGAAAGCAAUAAUCUCGUCCUACGUAAAUGGUCAUCACAACGACUGGGAUUUACAUUUACCCUUGGCUUUAUUCGCAUAUCGAACAAGUGUCCAUUCCUCGACACGCGUAUCUCCAUUUAAAGCAGUUUAUGGGAGAGAUGCUACUACGCCACUCGUGUUACUGGGCAGCACGGAGAAGCCCAAGACCCGGUUGAUUGCCGACUACUGUGCUGAACUUGAGUUUACGCUGAAAGAGGUCCAUGCGACGGUUGCUGAGGAAAUCAAGAAAGCACAGACCCAGCAAAAGAAAAAUUAUGAUGCACGUAACACUGCUCAUCAGACAGAAAUUCUGAGACCCGGAGACAUUGUAUGGUUACAUAGCACUGUCAUACCGAAAGGACGCAGUAGAAAGUUCCACAAACCGUGGAUUGGUCCGUACGUCAUACUCCGUUGUCAAGGACGUUUAAACUAUGUGAUUCGUCCAAAAUCGGGAAAAGGAAGGAGCUCGUGUGUGCACCGCAAUCGACUCAAGCUGGUACAGAAUCAGACGGAUGGCAUUAACGAGCAAGAUAUGCUAUCUCCAUUGUCGACCAAGAGCGAGAAAACCCAAGAGCAGAGAGUUGCUGAAUCACCGAUAGUUCACAAGGAAGUUGAGGCAACGAACAUGGUACCUCUAAGGAGAUCUACCCGUCAGCGCCGACCACCUGAUCGUUACCAGGACUUUAAUUUAGAUGAGCUUGAGAUCGAGGACGCUCUCACUUAA